AGGUGAGGCGGCGGCCUCGGGCGGCGCAGCAUCCGCAACGGGGGCAGAUCUGUAUCCCCCAGCCUCUUGUUCCUGAUUGGGAUCUUCACUGGCCCCAUUCCUCCCUGGAGGAGAGAGGAGGAGGCUGCCCUUUUGAGGUUCCUUUCAGGCACCAAAAUGUCUUGGGCCGGCCCUUACCUGCAGCACAUGCUCCCCCAGAGCAAGGAAACCCUUCUUCAGUCUUACAACAAGAGGCUGAAAGAUGACAUCAAGUCAGUCAUGGAUAACUUCACAGAGAUAAUCAAAACCGCAAAGAUUGAGGAAGAAACCCAAGUUUCUCGGGCAACCCAAGGCGAGCAGGACAACUAUGAGAUGCAUGUCAGAGCUGCAAAUAUUGUUCGGGCUGGCGAGUCUCUUAUGAAGCUUGUCUCUGACCUAGAACAGUUCCUGAUCCUCAAUGACUUCCCUUCCGUCAACAAAGCCAUCAACCAGAGGAACCAGCAGUUGCGCAGUUUUCAGGAGGAAUGCGACAAGAAGCUUAUUGCCCUGCGUGAUGAGAUCUCCGUAGACCUCUAUGAGCUGGAGGAAGAAUAUUACUCUUCCAGGUACAAAUGAAGCCAUGGACAGUUCCCCUGUGGCAACCACCACAAUUUCCUGUUUCGGACAUGGGGGCGGCGGCGGGGAGUGUGUGAAAACAACAACAACUGUCCUUGUUUUAAAAAGCAUCCCUAAAUUCUCAGCACCCAAAGAAUCCUGGCCCCAAAGUGGUUUUAUUGAGUACUUUAUGUUUGGCGUGAGAGGUGGCUGUUUUGGAGGGCAAGUGCACCAUGUAACUAGGACUUUAAUGCACGGAGAUGUGAAGGCCAGCUUCCCUCCUGCUCCCUCAUCGACAUUGUGAUCUUGUCACCCAAACGACUUGCAAACAGGAACAGGUACUGGAUCUUCAACUGCCCAGAGUGCCCUAAUCCCUAGUCAGUGUAAAUUGCAAUCCUAGCCAUGUCUACUCAGAUGUCAGGGCCGGAUUUAGGUUUGAUGAAACCCCAAGCUACUGAAGGUAAUGGGGCCCUUUAUAUGCCCAGCAGUCCUUUGACAACAACCAAUUGUUGCUGUUUUUUGGUGUUGAAUAUAUGCUAUAUGGUAAUUUAUGGACCUAAUAGGUAUCUAAAGCCAUUUGCACAUAACAAAAUAUGUAUUUUAUCAAAGUACAUCCAGGUUUUUUUCCCCUUUAAAUUUUUUUGGAGGCCCCCAAGAGAGUGGGGCCCUAAGCUAUAGCUUGUUUAGCUUAUACGUAAAUCUGGCACUGUCAGA